AAUCGCGAAAAGUUCCGUUCUACAGAGCCGCACUCGGUUUCAAACCCUCUUCCCCACUCGCUUCCACAGUUCUCCGCUUCCGCCCCACCGAAGCUAGGGUUUCCGGUCGGAAUCGCGGCGAGGAUGCCGGCCAGCGCGGCUGCGGCCGCCGCGGAAGGCGAGGAGAAGGCGGCGGAGGCGGGGGGCAGGGAGCUGCUGUACUGCGGCACGGUGCGCUUCGACAUCAUGGGCCGGACGGUGAAGGGCGGGGUGCAGGGCAGAGGCAACCUGGUGUCCCCGACGCGGCUGCGCCCUCUCGUGGGCGUGGACAUCCGCUUCGUCGCCUCCGGCUGCGCGGCUUGCCACUGUGUUGCUCUGAGUUCUGACGGCCGUUGCUUCUCAUGGGGUCGAAAUGAGAAGGGGCAGCUGGGGCAUGGGGACACUCUCUUGCGUAACCUGCCAACUGUUGUUUCUAAACUAUCAAAAUACAACAUAAUCGCAGCAGGUGUUGGAAGAAAUCAUACGGUGGUCGUAACUGACGAUGGGAGGUCCUUUGCAUUUGGUGACAACAGACAUGGCCAGUUGGGGAUGGGUUCACUAAGGAGUGGAACUAGGGUGUCGCCAGUCCCCUGCCUCGUUACUAAAGCAACUAAUGCUGUUUGUGGUGCCGACUUUACUGUCUGGCUAUCAUCAGUUGAGGGCUCUUCCAUACUCACAGCAGGUCUUCCCCAGUACGGCCAACUUGGCCAUGGAAGCGACAAUGAGUAUAAUGCCAAUGCAUCAUCGGUAAGGCUAACAUAUGAUCCCCAGCCCCACCCCAGGGCAAUAGCUGCAUUAUCUGGGAAGACCGUUGUCAAAGUUGCAUGUGGAACAAAUCAUACAGUUGCAGUUGAUUCAAGUGGCUUUGUUUACACCUGGGGUUUUGGUGGAUAUGGAAGGUUGGGUCAUAAUGAACAGAAAGAUGAGUGGCAACCACGCCUCGUUGAAAUAUUUCAAAAGAACAAUAUGCUAUCUCCCAGUGAUAUUAUCUCAGCUGGUUCUGCAAGUUCUGCGUGCACUGCCGGUGGUCGUGGGCAGCUGUAUGUGUGGGGAAAGUUGAAGAACUGGGGCGAUGAGUGCAUGUAUCCUAAGCCAGUUAGAGAUUUAAGCGGUUGGAACAUCCGCUGCAUGGCUUCUGGCGACAUGCACCAUAUUGUUGGUGCAGAGGAUUCUUGCAUAAGUUGGGGUCUUUCUGAAUAUGGAGAGCUUGGUUAUGGCCCUACACAAAAGUCAUCUGUAAAUCCUAAAAGGGUUGACAUUCUUGAAGGAAUGCAUGUUACAAGUGUUGGUUGUGGAGUUGGGAUGUCUCUGAUUGUUGUAGACAGGGCAAAUGUUGGUGAUAAGCUUGACCAGCUGGAUAAUUUUGAUGGUGAUAUUGAUGCUCUCUUUCAAGAGAACACGAAAAAGCUCUACUUUCUUCCGCGCCGAGACAGUAAAGAAAAACCAAAACCAAAGACGAGCCAACAUCCCGCAAUCGACGAAACAGCAGAAGAGACACCGGAGCCGGAGCAGGUAACCAAGGCGGCAUCUCCCACCACUAACUCACGGUCCAACAAGCGCAAGAAAGCCUCGGAACACGCAGAACCAGAAGCCGAGGACGGGAUCAGACAGGUACCGAAGGAGGAGGCAGAGUGUGGCAGUCAUGGUCGCGGGCGGGGCAGAGGCAGGGGGGCCAAGACGGCGACUCCGGAGCCAAUGCCGUCAGGAAGGGGCAGAGGCAGAGGCCGCCCCAAGAAGGGAACCAGCAGCCCUGGCGCUGCUACUCCGGAAGCCGGGAGCUCGGGACGAGGUGGGAAGAAGAGCGGGAAGCGAGGGAGGCCUCGCAAGUGAUCGGCCGGGUGAGCCUCGGGCUUGGCAGAGCUUGUUUUGGUCAGAUCAGCUGGCAGCGAUAGUGGUUGUUACUCUUUGGUGCUGCCAUGCCACGAUGCUGCAGGUCCUAAUUACUAACUGUACCAUAUAAUGGAGAUGGCGAGGGCUAGAUUCAUCACCUCCUGCUGUGCUGCAUAUUGUGGAUGCUAGCCAUGGACAUUGUAGGCAUGAGCAGUGAUGCUCUGACGGCUGAUGUUUUGUGAAGGAAUGAACAGAGUAACAAGAAUGUUCAGGUUC